GCCAUGUCUUCGUCCAAGAAAUCCUCGUCUUCAUCUUCGCGUAAAUCCCGAUCGCAGCCCGAAGCCACGUACGGCCCUCCUUACCCCACGCAUGGAACGACGUAUAGUUCCAUAUCGCCAUUCUGGACAAUAGGCACGCUCCUCGGCGCCUCGAGCGUUGCGCUCGGUGCUUUCGGGGUCCAUGGACUGAAACAUCGAACCUCUGAUGUAUCCAGCUGGAGAAAUGCUGCCCAUUAUCAACUUAUCCACUCAAUUGUCCUGACUUUUACUGCCGUGGUGGCGCCGGCAAACAAGCUCGCUAUGUCUCUUUUCACAGCGGGCAUAACCAUGUUCUCUGGCAGCAUAUAUCUACUGCUGUUGGAUCCCAAGAAAUACAAGCAGCUGGGACCGGUUACGCCAAUUGGCGGGGCUUGCCUUAUUGGAGGCUGGAUUAUGCUUGCCGCGAGGGGUAAGAUGGUUCUGCCCAGGGGCAGGUAGAUUUGGAUAUCAGAAAGGCCCAAGACACGAAUACAGCAGACUUGGGUACGACGUGCUAGGAAAGCGCUGGAAGCCGUAGCAGACACAAACAUUGACGUGAUCAAGAAUGAUGACCAUGAAUCAAUUGAAA